UGCGCGCGCCGCAGAGUGCAGCUUCGCGCUCGGUUUUCUCGCGCGGCCACGCGCCGCGGCGGGAAAAAUCAGACGGGGCCAUCGCAACCUCCACCUCUUUCGGCCCAGGCCGGCCCGCUGUGAUGGAGGACGAGGAGGCUGAGGAGCAGCAGCGAUUCUCUUACCAACAGAGGCUAAAGGCAGCAGUUCACUACACAGUUGGUUGUCUUUGUGAGGAAGUUGCAUCAGAUAAAGAGAUGCAGUUCAGCAAACAGACCAUUGCAGCGAUUUCGGAGGUGACUUUUCGACAGUGCGAAAAUUUUGCAAAAGACCUUGAAAUGUUUGCCAGACAUGCAAAAAGAAGCACAAUUAACACGGAGGAUGUGAAGCUCUUAGCCAGGAGGAGCAAUUCACUGCUAAAAUAUAUCACAGAGAAAAAUGAAGAGAUUGCUCAGUUUAACCUGGAACAAAAGGCAAAGAAGAAAAAGAAGUUCGAGAAUGGAAACAAAGAUUCAAGGGAGCUGGCAGAGGCUGGAGUAGUGGAAAGUGAGAAUUAGACUUAACGCCACUUGGAAAAGCAGUCUUCAGCAGUUAGAGCCACCCAGAGAUGCGUAUUGUCACAAAGGGGAUUCUAAGUGGAGAUUAGGAAAAAAAGGCCAGGAGGCUUUUUGUCCUAUAUUCUCUAAGUCAUUGACUUCAAAAGCUACUUGAAAAGAGAACUAGAAACUCUUAAGAUAUUCCCAUGUUUUACUUAAGCACGUAAAAAAGGUAUUAUCUUUGAAUGGUAUGUUAGAAAUGGUAUCUGUUGAAAUUAGAAUGGUGUUAGAAAUUAAACACGGUCAGCUUUUUAGAGCAAAAAA